GCGAUUCAUCUCUGGGAAUGAUUUUCUGAAUCAUGUCGACUGGGAACAGGAUUGGCCGUACAACUGUCAAACACAGACUUUUUACAGGUCCGACUGGCAUCAUAAUAGCUCCAGCUUGACGGCAAAUCUUCUGAACUUUGAAUUUCGCUUCCCGGGAUCGAUGCGCAGUUUUUGUCCUGCGCAUUUGGACCCUAUUCCAUUUGGAAGGCCUGCUCUUGGGAAUACGGCAUGGCUGUGAACUAACCUAACGCUCUUUGUAGGAUCUCUAGCAUAGCAUAGCCUCGAGGAUUCGGAAUAUCCAUACUAACAACGUUACAGUGAAUUGAUACUCCCUCAUAUUUAUUGAUCAAGCUGUGCUUUUGAUGGCUUUUAUAAUUUCUUCUUUCCCUUCCGUAGAGCACCAAUUUCCCGCUCACAUCUCUCCAGGCCUAUGGAGUGCACUGCGUUUCGCAAUUUCUUCGGGGGAAUCAUGUCCCCCCACAGGCGACAUCGCUAUGACCUCCUGUCGGACGUCGAUGAUGAAUCCUACCAACUCCCCGCGGAUGGCAAUCUACCUCGGCGACGGUUCUCUUCACGUCGAAAUCCCUUCGGCUUCCUCACACACGUUUUCUUUUCCACCGCACUUCGACGAAACACUUUUUUCUUCUUGCUCGUCGUGACAUGCGUCAUCGGUUGGCUGGCCCCACCUUCAUACAAUGACGUACGGGAUUUUGAACAGCACUUCCCGCAACAUCAGAUCCCGACCGAUUACAUAGGCGACAGAAGAUUUCUACGCUUUGAAGGGACGCUAUGGGGUCUUGGCUUGAACAACAUCUUGCAAGAAGACCUCCUUCUAUCUUACAUCGCGUACGCGACAAACCGUUCAUUCGUAUUCAGUGAUUACACAUGGUCACACACUCCGUUCCCUUUCACCAUCGACGAUUACUCUCUCCGACCGGCUCGAAUGCCUCUAAACGCCUUUAUUUCCGGUCCCACCGCGGGUGGACCAAUAUCGACAUCACACAACCAACAUACAUUGGAUCUACCAGCGGACUCUCAUGCCCAAAUCGACGCAGAUUUACGCGCGGUACGCUUAGAUUAUUUCGACGCUGUUUGCCCGCCAAAUCUACGCGUCCGGCUCACCUCUGCUGACAUCCCGCAGCUAAGUGACGACACCCUCGAAGGAGACGCCCUUUUGGCUACGUGGGUAGAUUGGUUAUCACGAGACGAGGUCGUGAAACAGCCAUGUGUGGUUGUUGAUUUCAGUGAGAAAGUCGUGUUUGAUCAUCUAUUGUUUGGAUCACAGAGAGUAAUAUCCAUAUUCCCCGUACUUGCGUCGAGCCCCAUCCUCAAUGAGUUCGCAUGGUCCUAUCUCGUCGAAGGUGCUGUCGAACGGAACAUGAAUGGAUUAAUUAAUUCAGCAUCGUCCUCAUCUCCGAAUCUCAUGUCUGGCGUGGCAGCGGUUCAUCUAAGAAGAGGCGACUACUCCGGGCAUUGCCUCUAUCUUUCCAAACACAACACCCCAUAUCAGGGCAUGAACCAAUACCCCGGUAUCCUCGACCGGUUUGAUCCACUCGAAUUUGACCCGUCUGCGCCUUCCCCAGAUAACGACUCAUACCAUCAUUACCUCCCACACUGCCUCCCCACCAUUCCAGAAAUAGUCGAACGUCUACGAGCCGUUCGCGCAGAAAACCCACAGCUAUCAUUGACCAAGGUGUACCUACUCUCGAAUGGUCGCCGGUGGUGGCUUGAUGAGCUUUGGACAGCGUUGCGGGCGGAUGGGUGGGAGCCUGUAAAGGAAGGUUUGGGGAGCAGUCAGGAUUUGGUCUUGACGAGACAGGAACAGUAUGUUAGUGGGGCGGUGGAUAUGGCUAUUGCGGAAAAGGCGGAGAUGUUUGUCGGGAAUGGGUUCUCGAGUCUUACGGGGAACAUUGUAAUGUUGAGGCUGGCCAAGGGUGUUGAUGUGGGACUGAAUAGGAUGCUGUGAUUAUAACACAUAUAUAUAGGGUGUGGUGUACGUUACAAUAAACUUGAACGAAGUAGUAUCUAUCUCGUGC